GUGAUUAUUUGCCGCACAUUUACGCUCUAAGCAGCUACCAGUGACUAGCCGUCAACGGUUGGCACAGCAUUCGUCGAGACGUUUAGAGCUCAUAAACAGACAUGUCUCACACGAUUCUGCUGGUGCAGCCCACCAAGAGACCAGAGGGCAGAACAUAUGCAGACUAUGAGUCUGUCAAUGAAUGCAUGGAAGGAGUGUGCAAGAUGUAUGAAGAACACCUGAAGAGAAUGAAUCCCAACAGUCCCUCUAUCACAUAUGACAUUAGCCAAUUAUUUGAUUUUGUUGAUGAUCUUGCUGACCUCAGCUGUCUUGUGUACAGGGCAGACACACAAACCUACCAGCCCUACAACAAAGACUGGAUCAAAGAAAAGAUCUAUGUUCUGCUGAGACGUCAAGCCCAGCAGGCAGGGAAAUAAGGAGUGAGUGACUGGGAUGCAAAUGGACUGAAUUUUGUCUGAUGCUAGUCCUUAACUUUAUCAGAACUACGCUACAUCACAGGGCAAAUGUAGAUUAACCUAGUGGGGUAAAGUGAUGCCGCUUAGUUCAGAUUUUGUUGAUUUGGAUGUCUUCUCAGUCAGUUGGUCCAAGCACAGAGUGAAAAUAUUUUGCAUUUUAAAUUGCGUUUUUGUAACAGGAGUUGGGGACACAGGAUAUUUAUCAGACAAGAAAGUACGAUUGGGAAAAUGUGUUUAGGGUUUGAGGCAUUUUUUUUAAACCCCUCUCAAUAGAUGUUGUUUUUUUUCUUGUGUUUUAUAUUGUGGUUUAAUCGUUCCUCCAUUUAGUAAAGUAUGCUACUUACAUAUUUCAGAUUGUGGAGAUGGUUCUGAGCCAUCUUAUUUCCCAACUCUUGUCCUCAGUGCUCCUCAGUUCUGUCACAGGCUGUACACCCUCUCUGUUUUGUGUAUGUAAUAUACAAAUAAAAAAAACUUCUUACUCACCAAAG